AAGGAGAGCUUAGCGUGACCAUGUCCCUGUCCAGUAGCACGGGUGCACCCAGAUCGCCGAUGAUACUCAGCCCAAUUGGACCCGCCUUCGGCGAUACCCACGUCCAACGCAACCGUGGCGACACGAGAUUCUUGCAGCGCGACAGCAGCAGCGGCGGCGGCAGCGGAGGCAGUGGACGGGCGGGGAUGACGAGCCUCGUCCGGCCUGUGCCGAGCGAAACGGUGAGAGAAGGCCCCGCGAGGGCCCACAGCAGCAGCCCACCGGCGAGGUGCAGGAACCCCGAGUGGCACGGCCAGCCGCAGCCUCCUCCACACUCCCUCCUUCACCAGCAACUCCAGGAGUACCGCCGGGUGUCGGCGCAAGAGGCACCGUGCAUCGAACCCGAAUCCUCCCAGAUGGACCUGAAGGAGCAGCGCGCCUGGGAUCUGGCCAGGGCGGCGGGAGUGGUCGACCGAGGUUGUCGCCUCAUCUGGGUCACCGCCACGUCAAGGAUGGCGAGGGGCUGCCGACAAGACGACGGCGGCGGUAGCGGCGGCGGAUGGUCCUCGAGGAGGGGGGAAAUCGUGUCGUGGGAGUGCCUCCAGGAGAGCCUGAUGGAGCACCUCAGGGAAGGGACGAAGACGACAAGGAACUGGGACGAUCCUAUCAUUUUGCCACACGGGCGCGUCGUGGACACGCCACAGCUCGAAUUCAUCCGCGGCAUUCUUCGUCGAGGGCAAGAGGCGGUGGCCAAGGCGCGAUGGGGGGCGACGGGGGAUGAAUGUACGGAAGUUGGUGGGGACGGCCGCGACGACUUCGUCUCGGUGGAGGCGUUCGCGAAUUUCUCGCAGUGGUGGGCUCCGCUAAUGGCGACGCUGGGCAUCAUCAGGAACGACUGGGCAACGACGCGUCCCGUCAGGGUGCAUGGGUUCAUGAGCAGGGUGGCGUCGAAGAGACUGCUGAUGCAGAGGGAGUGUGGGACGUUUUUGCUGAGGUUCAGCGAGAGUAGAAUGGGGGCGCUGGUCAUCAGCUUCACACAACCUUCGGUGAGCGUUUCCCGCCUCUCGCGAAUUUCACGGUGUCUGGUUCCAUUCAUUUCGUGUGCGGGAAGGCUUGCUUGUUGCCUGCAGGGCAGUCCGAUCAACCCGCGCAUCGUGCUACAACAAUUCCAGUUGAGAUCGGGCCGGCGCUCCCUGAGCGUCAAGCACUCCCUCGUGGAGGUCAAAUGGGGGGGUCGUUGCUGUAUCCAGGCGGAGAAGGGAGGCAUGCGUUGCUACGGGUCGUUGCACGAUUUCGUGAGACAGAUUCCUGAACUCAAAAAGCUGUACCCGGAUAUUCCCAAGGAGGAGGCCUUCGGCGAGACACCAAGAUCGCCCCCGGCAACCGCUAGCGCGCCGGGUGCGGCACGAAGAGACGAACUGGUGGCGGAAAUUGAAUCAUUGGUCAAGGGGAAAAUGUCUGCGUGGAAAAACCGCGAUAAACCGCAGUGAGGAAUGUAGCUACUGUUCAUGCUUGUUGUAGGAACGUAAAGUGAUUGGAAUAGAAUGGAAUCAAUGAACAGCAGCAGCGCCUUCUCAAUUGUGUCUAGGGUUUUCGGGUUUGUCUUCUGGCCGCAAGGCCGCAGAAGUUAUUGUUGAUGGCCUCCAUGCACAGCACAACAUGUACUACAAUUUUCUUUCGAUGGACUAAACCUAACGUUUUCCACGAAAUCGUAGAUACCCCGUCAUUUUGUCACGGAUAACCGUGGUACUUGGGUUAUUUCUUCGACGGUACUCCGCCACCAAGGCCGCGGUUCGCGCGGUUUUUCUAACCGGGGUAUUACAACCCUACCAUAUGAAAACCGUGCGACAGUGCGCCGCACCGAACCGCAACGCCUCAUUUCGAGAACACCGCACCGCACUUCACCGUGAUACGACAAAACCGCACCGCAACGCGCCGUUAACUUUCGAGUUGAAUACACCAGACGGCACCGCACUGUGACCCUGUCA